UGAUAAGUGACUACUAUAUUAAUUAUGAACUGAGGAAUAAUUUAGUAUAAGUCGUCCGUUUAGUAAACGUUAAGUGGUUAUAACGUUAUUAAUUAAGUUAAAUUAAUACAUAAAUAAUUUACUUAAUAUAAGUGAAAAUGAAGUUCCUUAUUAUCUGUACCUUACUACUGAUGUCUGUAUACGUAUCGCCAUUUCCAUACAAUCCUAACCAACAAGGAUCGGGGGAUAACGACUACAUGUUUAAGUAUUUCGUAAAAGAGCAGCCAGUUGGAAAUAACUUUGGACACCGUGAGAUGAGAAUAGGCAACCAAGUGACUGGAAUGUACUACGUGUUGUUGCCUGAUGGGCGUGUCCAGAAAGUGGAUUAUGUUGCUGAUGAAAAUGGAUACAGACCUACAGUUACAUAUUUGAAUCCUUGAAUUUUUUUAUAUUUUAGACGAAUUAUUUAGUUUUUACAAUUGUCAAAUCAAUUCAAUUUUGCCGUAAAUUUUACACGUAAAUUAAUAUUCUUUGAAGAUUUAAAAACUUGUCAAUGAAGAAAUGUGAUUGGUUUUUAAUAAAUAAUGUAAACGAAAAGAAAUAUUUUAUAAAG